CAGUCGUACUUUGCAAUUGGGGAUUUGCCUUGGGAUCUUGCAUACCUUCACCCCACUUUUCGUCUUUCUUUUUCCCGAAGCACGUCAGUCGCAACAUCGGGCACUCUUUGAUCUUUCCCAUCUUCUGUCCAAAUUGCAUUGCCUAGUCAUCCACCUUGCACCGUGUUCAAGAUGCCGAUGCUCAAGGACCCCUCGACCAAAUACAAGCCGUUCCCUCCCCUGAACCUCCCGGACCGGCAAUGGCCCAACAAGACUAUCGUCAAGGCCCCGCGCUGGCUGGCCACCGACCUUCGCGAUGGUAACCAGAGUUUGGUUGACCCCAUGAACGGCGACCAGAAGUGGAGAUAUUUCCAGAUGCUCACCGAGUUGGGCUACAAGGAGAUCGAGGUUUCCUUUCCUUCCGCCUCGCAAACCGACUACGACUUUACCAGACGCCUUAUCGAGACUCCCGGUGCCGUUCCCGACGAUGUUUGGCUGCAAGUUCUGUCGCCCUGCAGAGAAGACCUCAUCCGCCGCACAGUUCAGUCCCUCAAGGGCGCCAAGAAGGCCAUCAUCCACAUCUACUUGGCUACCAGCGAAUGCUUCAGGAGAAUUGUUUUCGGUUUCACAGAGGACGAGAGCGUCGAACUGGCCAGCAAGUGCGCAGCUCUGGUCAAGUCUUUGACCAAGGACGACCCCGAGAUGGCCGGCACAGAGUGGGCGUUUGAGUUCAGCCCCGAGACCUUCUCCGAUACCAGCCCCGAGUUCGCAGUGCGCAUUUGCGAAGCGGUAAAGGCCGCCUGGGAACCCACGGUGGAAAACCCCAUCAUCUUCAACCUCCCCGCAACAGUGGAGAUGGCCACUCCCAACAUCUACGCCGACCAGGUGGAGUACUUUUGCCGCAACAUUACCGAGCGCGAGAAGGUGUGCAUAUCGCUCCACCCCCACAACGACCGCGGCUGUGCGGUUGCCGCUGCCGAGCUGGCCCAGAUGGCUGGAGCCGAUCGAGUGGAAGGAUGCCUGUUUGGAAACGGAGAGCGUACCGGCAAUGUUGACUUGGUUACCCUGGCCCUCAACCUCUACACCCAGGGUGUCUCGCCCAACAUUGACUUCUCCGACCUCGGCAAGGUGAUCAAGACCGUGGAGGAGUGCAACAAGAUCGAGGUACACCCUCGUGCACCUUACGGCGGUUCUCUCGUCGUGUGCGCUUUCAGCGGUUCUCACCAAGACGCCAUCAAGAAGGGCUUCUCCCUGCGCGAAAAGGAGGGCAAGGAGUACACCGAUUAUUGGCAGGUACCCUACCUUCCUCUGGACCCCAAGGAUAUUGGACGUGAUUACCAGGCUGUUAUUCGCGUCAAUUCUCAGAGUGGUAAGGGCGGCACUGCCUGGAUUAUCCAGCAGCACCUCCACCUUGACAUGCCCCGUGGCCUACAGGUUGCCUUCAGCAAGGUCGUUCAGAGGAUCGCCGACGAGAAGGGCCGCGAGCUUCUUCCCACCGAGAUUACCGAUUUGUUCAAGAAAACAUAUUACCUCGAUGAGAACCCGCGCUUCAACAUUGUCGACUACUCGAUCAACCCCGACCGAUCCAGCUCGCCGGCGCCGCCCGCUCCGGGCAAGACCCAGGACACCAAGAACCUUGGACGUGUGUUCGAGGGUGUCAUUUCUAUCGAAGGUCACGAAUACAACCUCAGAGGCCGCGGCAACGGACCUAUUUCAUCUUUGGCUAACGCCCUUAAGAGCGUUGGCGUGGAUCUGGAUGUCCAGGACUACAAGGAGCACGCCGUUGGCCGUGGUCGUGAUGUCAAGGCUGCUACCUACAUAGAAUGUACGGCAGCCGGACAAACCGAGAAGGUCUGGGGCGUCGGCAUUCACGCCGAUGUUGUACAGAGCUCUCUGAUUGCUCUUCUCAGCGCGGCGAGCAACUUCGUUGGAAGCCGCGUCGGUAGCCCGAUCAUCCCCAAGCCUGUUGCCGACAAGGAAGUCAGCGGUGACGUGAACCUCAGCGUACCCAACGGUGUCAAUGGCAAGAGCAUCAUCCAGGCCCUCGAGUCCCAAGCGGACGAGAUGUGAGUUUGUUGGCUUUUUACAAGUAAUGAAAUGUAAUGAAGCAUUUGCAUAAGGGUUGGUGAACGGUGGUUCUGGAUGGGCUGGGAAAAAGUCACAGUUUCU